ACAGAAUUUUACGCUUACUACAAUGACAUUUACAAUGAUUAUACAGUGAUUUAUCCAAUGUUAAUUUUUCUCCACUUCUCUCUACUAUUCUCCUUUUGUUUUCAUAUGGUAGACAAUGUGGACAAAGAUCAUUUGAUUUAAAUUUUGAUAAGGUGAUAAGAAACAAUUUAUUUCUCCACGAUAACGUAUACUAUUUUUAGAUAUUUACAGGUUAUUUUUAUUGUUGUCACAUUGAUCACACUUUACUAAAAACAUUUUAAAUAUGAUAAAUAUUCCACUGUUGGGAACGGUAAAAUUGUUUAUUAAUGAUGUUUUUAAAGAAAAAGAACCAUGGCAAAUUGUAACGAUAACUACAACCACUUUACUUACAUCUAUUUGGCUCUGGGAUGUGAUUUUUCAAGAUGAAAGUCUCGUGGAAAGAGCAAAGAAAAAGGGACUUAAAUUAGCUCGUUAUAUACCAUCUGUUCGUGAGAAAAUUGACAGAGAAUUAAAUAAAGUAGGAACAGAUUUUCAAAAAGAUGCUGUUGAUAGAGUAAAAGAUGUGCCAUAUAUUGUUAAUCUUCCAACAAAAGGUUUAAGUUCAGAAGAUAUUUUAAAAUUAGUUGAACAACACAUUCAAUUAGGUGAUUAUGAUUGGGAACGUGGUAAAGUAUCGGGAACUGUUUAUAAAAGUGAUAAAAAUCUCACUCAAUUAAUGGGUAAUAUUUAUCGAAUUGCUUCCUAUACAAAUCCACUUCAUCCUGAUGUUUUUCCCGGUGUUUGUAAAAUGGAAGCCGAAGUAGUGAGAAUUGCUUGUAAUUUAUUCAAUGGAGAUGAAGCCUCUUGUGGAACUAUGACAACAGGUGGUACGGAAUCAAUUCUAUUAGCGUGCAAGGCUUAUAGAGAUUAUGCGAAAGAGGUGAAGGGAAUCAAGAAACCUGAAAUGGUUAUCCCCACAACUGCUCAUUCAGCAUUCGAUAAGGCUGCACAAUUUUUAAAAAUAAAAGUUCGCCUCGUACCGGUAAAUUCAAAAAGUUUCACUUGCAGUAUCGAUGCUAUGCAAAGAGCAAUUACAAAAAAUACUAUUAUGCUCGUUGGAUCUGCUCCGAAUUUUCCUUACGGUACAAUGGACAAUAUCGAAUCAAUUACAAAUCUUGGCGUUCGUUAUAAUAUUCCAGUUCACGUUGAUGCUUGCUUGGGAGGAUUUUUAAUUUGUUUUAUGGAGAAAGUCGGUUAUAAUUUGCCGUUAUUUGAUUUUAGACUACCGGGAGUGACGAGUAUUUCCGCUGACACACAUAAGUAUGGAUAUGCACCGAAAGGUUCAUCGGUAAUUCUCUAUCGUGAUAAGAAAUAUAGAAAUCAUCAAUACACAGUGUCAACAGAUUGGCCGGGUGGAAUUUAUGGAUCGCCAACAGUAAAUGGUUCACGUGCUGGUGGAAUUAUAGCAUCCUGUUGGGCAUCAAUGAUGUAUUUUGGAAACAAUGGUUAUCUGGAGGCGACGAGAAAAAUUAUCGACACUACCAAAUAUAUUGAAAGAGAAUUGAGAAAAAUGGAAGGUAUUUGCAUUUUUGGCACACCUGCGACUUCUGUAGUUGCCAUUGGCUCAAAAGAUUUUCAUAUUUAUCGACUUGGCGAAUUACUUAGGGCUAAGGGUUGGAAUUUAAAUUCCCUUCAAUUUCCAAGUGGUAUUCAUUUAUGUGUGACGCACGUGCACACUGAGAAAGGAGUUGCUGAUCAAUUUUUAGACGAUGUCCAAAGUGCUCUUGAUAUUACAAUGAAAAAUCCGAAAGUUCCUGUUCGGGGUCAGUUCGCCUUGUAUGGUAUGAGUCAAGAAAUUGCUGACAGAAGCAUUGUUGGUGAUAUCACGAGGAAUUACCUCGAUUCUCUUUACUACACUCCAAAGUGAGAAUGAAAAUUUAUCAGAAUUGUGAUUCAAUAUUCUGUCUAUUGUUGACGUCAGAAGAAUUUACAUCGUUCCACUGUCUUCCAAAAUAAGAGAAAUAUUCAUAUGUACGUACAGUGAAAUUUUAUAUAAUAAUUUUCUUUUAAAUUACAAAUUACAUCAAAAUAUUACUUGGAAGAAAUAUAAAUUUUCAACUUUA